CAUUUCAAGAAAACGAAAUGCGGUGUUCCCGGUUAAUGAAUCAAACGAGAUCCAAUAAAAACCCUGUUUCUCUCAUUGCGCCUACAAAUAUGAAAGCCCAGUCUCUUCUUUCUUAUACCUUCUUCUUCUUCUUCUUCCGCCACUCUCUCCUCAUUCCUUUCUUCCCCAAUUUCUAAGCAUUCAAAGACAAAAUAAUUUUUAAUCUCGAGUAUUGUUAACAGGUGAAGACAACAAAGUUAAACCUGUCACCUCCCAAAAAGACCAAACACAGUUUGUUCUUUUCUGGAUUGAAUUCAGGAGAAUAUUUCUCUAUGGGAGGAGCACCAACACUCAUUCAUCAAGACCAGCAGAAUGGAGCUAGUAAUGGUUCUGAAUUAAAAGAUGGAACUUUCCAAACAUCUACCACCAUUGGCAAUAAAACGUAUGUCAUUGGUGGAGCUGAUAGUGAAACUCUGUCCAUUGAUGUUCGAAUUUUCGACAAGUGUCUUGGAGAAUGGGUUAAUCCAACUGUGCUAGGCACUAAACCUUUGUCAUGUGAAGGUCACUCAGUGGUGUUAUUGAAAGACCGAAUCAUAGUUCUUAAGAAGAAUCCUAAGCCAGAUGAUCAUACAUGGUUUCUGGAGGUAGACACUCAAUAUGUCAGGCGACAGAAAAAGAAAUUGGGGACUGAGGUUGUUGCAUGGAGUAAGGGUGUGAUAGGAAAUGUUGAGAAGCCUGUUGUUAUUAGUGGUCCUUCUGGAGUAGGUAAAGGAACAUUGAUAUCAAAGCUCAUGAAGGAAUUUCCAUCCAUGUUUGGUUUCUCUGUGAGCCACACAACCCGUGCCGCAAGAGGUAUGGAGAAAGAUGGAGUCCAUUAUCAUUUUUCUGAGAAGAGUAUUAUGGAGAAAGAGAUCAAAGAUGGAAAGUUUCUCGAGUUUGCUUCUGUGCAUGGUAAUCUGUAUGGGACCAGUGUCGAGGCUGUUGAAAUGGUAUCGGAUGCAGGGAAAAGGUGUAUUCUCGAUAUUGAUGUUCAAGGGGCAAGAUCAGUGAGGGCUAGUUCUCUCGAAGCGAUAUUCAUCUUUAUCUGUCCCCCGACAAUGGAAGAACUGGAGAGGCGUCUUCGUAAAAGAGGAACGGAGACAGAAGAGCAGGUCUUAAAACGAUUACGAAAUGCUCAGGCCGAGAUUGAGCAAGGGAAGUCAUCAGGCAUAUUUGAUUUCAUCUUAUACAAUGACAAACUUGCCGAGUGCUAUGAUAGUCUAAAGAAAUUAUUGGGACUUGAUGGUUAUGUCACUCCUCCACCUAAUCCAGCUGCAAGAGAGUUCAAUCUCCCAAUGGAUUAUUCAGUAUGCAAACUUGAUGACAGAAUCAUCAUAUACGACAACUCUUUAGAACUAGAGAACAUAAUAAUGUUAGACGUGUCCUCGCUUGAAGGCGGUGCACCUGGCAGGACAAGAGGGUUGGAUUUCAUUCGGAUGGAACAACUUCACAUUCAAUGAGUUUUGCUGACUGACCUGGUUUUUUCUCCUUUGAUACAGAUGAUAAACUUCAGAAAAUGCGACACUCGAUGAGGCAUUAGGUUCAUUUCUGAAUUUUUUUUCUUCAUGUCUUUGAUUCUUAUGACAAAUGAUUUUGAUUCGGGGAGUUCCCUACAGAGUGAGAGAUUAUUUAUCAUUUUUGCGGCGAUAGUUUAUUCCAUUAAGCAAAAUAUUGGUGAAAUUGAUAUAAAUUCAUUGAAA